AUGGCGCUGGAUCGGCCCUCCUACAUUAAAAUGGAAUCGAGCUGCGUCGUCCCCGACAUCUGGGACUGGGACGAUGAAGGGACGGUCGUGGUGGACGUCUUCCUUCCGAAUGGAAUUUUCUUGGAUCUCAAUGUCAGGAAGGACGCCACCCUGCACGAAAUCAAGGAGGAAGUGUGGGAGGCAGCCCGCCAGAAGCCCCUGUUCGGGCUGUUGAGAGAUAGCGAGUCGUACGUGUUCCAGUGCGUGAAUCCGGUGACGGCUCAGCGGGACGAACUGCUGGAUGAGAAUCGUCUGCUGAGCGAGGUGCGGCCCUUCCAGGCCCUGCUCAGGCUGCUCGAGAGGAAGGGCGACAAGAAGGAGAAGAAGCUCCUCGCAAGCCUCAGGGUGGUCAUCGGCAGUGACAUCAGAGAAUACGAUGAAAGCAACAUUUCUGAAGUCCAGGACUUCCGCAGGCAAAUGAAACUGUUCUGCGAGUCUGUGGUGAUGCUUCUGCAGCAGGAGGAUUCCAGUUCGUUGGAAAAACGUGUCCUGCGACAGUAUCCAGUUGCUCUGGAAGCAAAUCCUGGUUUACCCCAGUACCUGCAGAAUAAACUGGAGGCCACGAAUGGGAAGUUGGUCUUCUCCAUCAGCUAUGAACAUCAAGGUUCAGAGACAAAAUACAAGGUUAGCGUCCCUCCUGAAUUUGAUUCCACUGCGUUGUUCGACCACUUUCUGAAAAUGAAGGGACCAUCUUUGUGUCUACAAGGGAACAAAGACUAUCUCCUCAAAAUCUGUGGCCAAGAAGAAUACAUCAUAGGACCCUACGCAUUGUCUCAGUACAAGUAUGUUCAAGAUUCCCUUUCCUGUGACAAGAUACCGGAGCUGGUCUUGGUAACUUCCGACAGGAUACAGCGUAAACGACUCAUCAUAAAAACUGAGAAAAAAAUUAAGCAAAGGCAGAGGAGCCGUUCUGUGAGCAACGGACACGCCUCCCUCUCCAGAAGGAGGCAGAUCCCCACCGUCUCUACCUGGUCCAUCGACGAGCCGCUCAUGCUCAAGAUACAUCAUGUUCAUAGAUUUCAUUACGAAAGCAAAAUAAGGAUAGCGGUGCAGUGCGGAAUAUUCCACAGCGACGAAAUCCUCAGCAAUCUCGUACACACUUCUGAUAAGUUCGUUGAAGAUGGGAAAGCGACAUGGGAAGAAACCUUACAGUUUGACCUGAAGCUGCACAACGUACCUCGAAUGGCCAAACUGUGCAUUUGCAUUUAUGAAGUUAGCCCUACGCAGAAGAAUGCGAGGUUCAGGAAGUUCGAGGAAGCCUACGCUUGCCCUAUAGCUUGGGUGAACACACCAGUCUUCGACUACAGAGGUCACCUGAAGUGUGCCCAGGCCACCCUCUGCACGUGGCCCUACAGAUUGGAAAGCGACGAGCAGCCCACGAUGAUGUUGAAGCCUCUGGGGUUCGUUGUAGGCAAUCACAUCAAAGACCAGUCCUCGGCUCUCACCAUUUCUUUCGACAGGUACAACCAGACGGAACAGAUUGCAUACCCACACCUGCAAGAGAUUCUUGAAUACGUGAAAGAGGAUGGCGAAAACAAUGCCUCAUCUUCAAGCUCUGACAUGCCUCAGGCCAGCAAGUCGCACUUGGAGCAGUUGCGGCAGAUCUGCGACAAAGACACCCUCUAUCAGCUGCACGAGCAGGAGAAGGAGCUGAUGUGGUUCCUGCGCAACGACUGCUGCUCGCACCUGCCCCACUCUCUGCCCAAGCUCCUGAGGUGCAUCAAGUGGAACGAUAGACGCGAAACUGCCCAGAUGACGGCUCUCCUCCAAAGAUGGCCACGACUGACGCCCUACAAGGCCCUCGAGUUACUAGACUACGCCUAUCCAGAGCCAAUGGUGCGAAGUUUCGCGGUGGACUGCCUGCGACUCAUACCAGAUGAGGAGCUGUCUCUGUUCAUGCUGCAACUGGUUCAGGCGUUGAAGCACGAGCCUUAUCUGCUGAACGACCUGACCAAGUUCCUCCUGGAGCGAGCCUUGUUGCAUAGGCACAACGGACACCGCCUGUUUUGGCUCUUGAGGUCUGAAAUCCACUGCGCUUCGGUGUUCAUGCGCUUCAGUUUGAUCCUGGAGACCUAUUGUCGGAGCGUACCUCGCCACCUCGAUGCCCUAGAGAAGCAGGUGGAAGCCCUCCACAAGUUGAAAGCUGCCAACAGAAUCGUCCAGAACGACUUCAAUUUCAAAAAGGACGGGAGAGAAAAGCUUAAAUACAUCAUGCAAGACUUAUUGGCCAAGGGUUUGUAUCAAACCCUUUUCAAAGGUCUACAAAAUCCUCUCGAUCCGAGAUUCAAGUUUGGAAGAUUGAGGGUGGAGAAGUGUAAGUUCUUAGAUUCCAAGAUGAAGCCCCUAUGGCUGGCUUUCGAGAACACUGACAACCACGGGAAGGACGUUUUUAUCAUCUUUAAAAAUGGAGAUGAUCUUCGACAAGACAUGCUUACGCUACAAAUGAUACGCAUAAUGGACAGGCUGUGGAAAGAUGAAGGCCUUGAUCUACGCAUGAUUCCAUACCAAUGCAUGGCAACAGGCAACAAAAUGGGUCUGAUUGAAGUUGUUCCGGACGCCGACACCAUAGCCAACAUUCAGAAGGAGAAAGGAAUUACUGUGACUUCGGCCUUCAAGAAGGGCUCCAUAUUGUCUUGGCUAAAAGACCACAAUCCAGACGAAAGCAGCCUGAGCAAAGCUACUGAAGAGUUCACCAUGUCUUGUGCGGGAUAUUGCGUAGCAACUUACGUCCUGGGUAUUGCCGAUAGACACAGCGACAAUAUAAUGAUCAAGAAAAAUGGACAGUUAUUUCAUGUGGAUUUUGGACACAUUCUGGGGAAGUUUAAGGAGAAGUUUGGCUUUAAACGAGAACGAGUGCCUUUCGUACUAACACACGAUUUUGUCUACAUUAUAACGAAAGGUCAAAAUCCGAGGUCACAGGAAUUUUUCAGGUUUCAGCAGUUCUGUGAAAACGCUUUCCUGAUCCUCCGCCGCAAAGGACCCCUCGUCAUCUCGCUGUUUGCAAUGAUGCUUUCCACCGGGAUCCCGGAGCUGAGCAACGAGAAGGACUUGGACUAUUUAAGGGACACCCUGGUACUGGACAUGUCGGAAGCGGAAGCCCUCAAGCACUUCCGGUCAAAGUUCGUCGAGGCCCUGAAGAACAGCUGGAAGACCAGCCUCAACUGGAUUGCGCACAACUUGGCCAAAGACAACAAAAUGUCCGAUUGA